AAAACCGGAAGUGAUUUUUCAGAGCUGUGUUUUCGCGGCAAUCCGAACUUGAGGUGAAGGACUAGUGAAUAAUAUGACAGGUGGUCUCCGGCUUUGAUUUAAAAGUGAAAGAUUCCCACAUUUCAUCUGCACACAUCGGAGACAAUAAGAAUGGCAUCAGUCACUGCAGAAAACAUCAAAUCUGAACUGGACACUUUCAGCAUAGCCUUCACAGAUGAAACUGUGGACAAAAUGUUGGAACAGUGUUUGUGUCACAGGCUGAGUGGAGACGAGAUUGUAUGCGAGUGGUUUGCUUUCAGCUCCUCAAAGAAACAGAGACCCCUCACUCUUGACAACCUGGAUCAGUUUGAACAUGAAAUACUUAACAAGAAGAAAAGGUCCAAAGGCUCAUCGAAGGGUAGUCAGAUUAACAGGACCAGAGACAUCAACUCUAUCCAGGAACUAAUAAAAGCAGAAGAAGAAGAGGAAAACUUGCUUGAUUCUUACUCGACACCUGCCAAGGGUUCUCAGAAGCGAGCGCUGACCACCCCUGAAAAUCCUCAGUCUAAGAGGGGUGUGGCCCGCCUUGCAAGUCCCAGUCUAAUGCUGUCACCUGCCAGCUUCUCCCCAAGUGCAACCCCCUCACAGAAAUACAGCACACGUGGAGGCCGAGGAGAGGUGGUCUCGUCAUUUGGGGUGGUGCAGGGUCCUCGCUGGUCAGGUAAAGGACAGAACGUGAGCGUUGAGUUGUUGGAGGGGAAAGAGGAUUCACUUACCAGCAGCUACAAAUACAUGUUUCAGAGAUUAAGAGAUAUCAGAGAUGUUCUGACCGGGAAGAUUGAAGAGCUGGGUGAGGAGUUGCGGACGCAUAUUAACAUAGAGGAAUUCUCUCCGGUUUCAUUACCUGUUCAGGACAGUAUCACAGUACUGGGGCAGGUGUGCUGUGAUAGUAAUGGAAAGCUGAAUGCCCAGUCUGUGCUGUUGGAGGCGGGACAGGAACAGGGGGGCAGACAGGUGCCAGUGGAUCUGUCUGAACUCAAGGAGUUCUCACUCUUCCCAGGACAGGUUGUUGUCAUGGAAGGGAUGAACGCCUCUGGAGAAAAGUUUGUUGCCACCAAGCUAUACGAGGGUAUUUCUUUGCCUUUUUACUCUCCGGUUGAAGUGAAACAGGAAGUAGAUGAAGUGUCUGAGCCUGUAAUGGUGAUGAUGGCAUGUGGACCAUAUACACCCUGUGACAGUCUGAGCUAUGACCCUCUGAUUGACCUCAUUACUAUCAUCAACAGAGAUCGGCCUGAUGUGUGCAUUCUGUUUGGACCUUUUGUUGAUUCCAAGCAUGAACAGAUAGAGAAAAACCAGGUAACAGAACAAUUUGAAACCAUCUUCAAGAGAUGUGUUGACAGCAUUGUGGAAGGAACCAAAGGGACGGGAUGCAGACUUGUGUUUGUGCCAUCUCAAAGAGAUAUUCAUCACCACUACAUUUAUCCGCAGCCACCUUUCAGCCUGCCCAACCUCAGCAAAGAAGAUACAAUGCGGGUGACCUUAGCUCCUGACCCCUGCACACUCCUCAUUGGUAAUGUGACUUUUGGUCUGACAUCAACGGACAUUUUGUUUUAUAUGGGAGCUGAAGAGAUCAGCAGUGGUACGGGCACUGAACGUUUCUCACGGAUUAUGAAACACAUGUUGACCCAGAGAAGCUACUACCCCCUCUAUCCUCCGGCAGAAGAGGUAAACAUGGAUUAUGAGAAGUUUCAGCAGUUCGGCCAAAUGCCUCUUACACCUGACAUCCUCAUUGCUCCCUCUGAACUUCGUUAUUUCAUCAAGGACGUGUCUGGUUGUGUGUGUGUCAAUCCUGCUCGCCUCACUAAAGGACAGGUUGGCGGGACUUAUGGACGAUUGCUUGUUCAACCAAACCCUGUGAUGGUGGAGGGCAAGAGAGUAAGCCCGUGUAUAGCCGGACAGGUGGUGAAAAUAUGAAAUACCUGUAUUUUCAAAUGUACUACUGCUUUUGAACUUAAAUCAUGUUUGUAAUUAUAUUUCAGUAUUAAAUCUUUUCAUAUAACAUGGCUGAAGAAAUAAAUUACUUUGUAAAUCACA